AUGACGGAAAACCUUCGCGGCAUCGGUUCUCUCUACGUCGAAUCCAAGAUAUCGCGAUCUGAUGUCUUGGACGAAGAGACUUACCUGAAGUGGUAUGAUGAGGAGCAUAUCCCAGAGAUUCUAGCAACUGGGGGCAUCAAAUCUGCCAGGCGCUUCAAGAAUGUAGACCCGGAGGCGGAGAAGCCGUACCUGGCCUUAUACCCCCUGGCCGAUCUCGCCUUUCUGGGUAGCGAGCAGUUCAAGAACAUCAAGAUCAAGAGUGAUAACCUACCGGAAACGGGAAUCGUGUAUGAUUUGGCCGACUUUGACGUUCGAUACGACAACCUGAUUCAGGUGUACGACCCUACAGAAAAAGGCAAAGGGCAUACCAAAUCCAUUAUUUCGGUUCAAAUCGAACUCAAAGAAGGGGCCGAUGCAGAGGAUUUUGAUAAAUGGUAUCGUGAAGAGCAUCUGCUACUUCUUUCCAAAGCAACAGGCUACCUGCGGUCGACAAGGUUCAAGCUCGCAUUUGCAAGAACCAAUGCGCAGUCUCGGGCAUUGAAGGGCUUGACGUCGGCGGCGGAAGAGGCUCCUCCGCAGCCCCCCGUCUGGUUGACUCUUCACGAGUUUGAGGUCGAUUCCCCUGACAUGCUGGAGAUCAAGAGACUCACUGCCUCGCCAUGGACGGAUCGGAUCUACGAAGGCAGGAAGCUCGGAAUCUUCAAGAUCUUUAAGCUUCUUGGCGAGUUCGGCGAGAAGGACUGGUUUCAAGACGUCGAAGUGUAA